AUUAUGUUUUCAUUUCAUGAAUAAAUUCAAUCUGAAUUACAAAAGACCGAAAGGCUCUGGUGUAAUCAUUUAGUUUUUAUUAUUUCAUUACUCUCAAAAAUUCCAAUGGUAAUUUAGAGAAAGUGCAGUGAAAAUAAUAAUUCACCGACAUUUUUUUGUGUAAUGCGUAAAAUUUAAAAGGUGGAGAAUGGCGUCAGGAUCAAAAAAUGAUAUCGUAAACCGUUUGUUAAAUGUAAGACUCGAAGGUGGCGGUGAUGAACAGCCGCCACAAAAUAUGCUGCCGUCGAAUCAACUGGCGCGUCGUUUAGAAAACGUUGCGGACGAAGACAAUGGCCGAAUUCCCGAAGCUAUACCGUCAUCUUCAUCGGCGAUAGAAAAUUUGCAACCGAGCAACAAUACGGGUCGCUUGCAUAACUGGCAGGCGACAAAAACUACUGUAAAAGAGAGGUUGUCAUUUCUUUUUAAUAACGAGAUUCUUUCGGACGUCCAUUUUAUUGUUGGGAGAGACGCGAAUCAACAAGUGAUACCCGCGCAUAAGUUUGUCCUGUCAGUUGGUAGCGCGGUCUUCGACGCUAUGUUUAACGGUGUAUUAGCCACAAAAUCAGAAGAGGUGGAACUGCCUGAUGUCGAACCGGCAGCUUUCUUACAUCUUCUGAAGUUUUUGUACUCUGAUGAAGUGCGCAUUGGGCCUGAGAGUGUAAUGACAACAUUGUAUACCGCUAAGAAGUAUGCUGUGGCUGCAUUAGAGGAGCAUUGUGUUGACUUUUUAAAGAGCAACUUGGGUACAGACAAUGCGUUUCUACUGUUAACACAGGCUAGAUUGUUUGAUGAGCCCCAGUUGGCUGCAUUGUGUUUAGAAAUGAUAGAUAAAAAUACAGUGGAUGCGUUAAAUGCUGAGGGAUUUACGGACAUUGAUCAGGAUACUUUAAAUGCUGUAUUAGAAAGGGACACUUUACGUAUAAGAGAGGCUAAAAUAUUCUCCGCAGUACUCCGUUGGUCGGAAGCGGAGUGCAUACGUCGCCAGCUUCCAGUGACCCCUGGCCAUCAGCGCGCUGUACUAGGCCGGGCGUUCAACGCUAUCCGGUUUCCACUGAUGUCUGUCGAAGAAUUCGCUAUGGGUCCUGCACAAAGUGGAUUACUUGACGACCGAGAGAUAGUGCAACUGUUCCUAUAUUUUACGGUGAACCCUAAACCUAACGUAGGAUUCCUAGAUACGCCUAGAUGUUGUAUGACAGGGAAGGAAUUAACUGUGAAUAGGUUUCCGCAAACUGAAUCAAGAUGGGGUUAUAGCGGGACCUCGGAUAGAAUAAGAUUUACAGUCAAUCAAAGGAUUUUUGUAGUCGGUUUUGGACUCUAUGGAUCUUAUUUUGGACCAACAGAAUAUGAAGUACAUUUACAAAUUAUCCACUUAGCGACAAAGAAAGUGUGCGGAUCAAAUACAACGACGUUUUGCUGUGAUGGGACCGAUGACACUUUCCGUGCAAUGUUCAAAGAACCAGUUGAAAUAUUACCUAACACCUCUUACAUCGCCAGCGCAAAACUAAAGGGAACAGACUCGUACUACGGCACGAAGGGUCUCCGGCGUGUUAUUGUCGACGGCAAUAACGGCGAAAAGGUCGUAUUCCAGUUUUCAUACGCCGCUGGGAAUAACAACGGCACUUCGGUGGAGGAUGGACAGAUACCCGCCAUUAUUUUCCACAUAUAAUAUAUGCUUGUCACCCUCAAUACACCCUCUCAGCAUAUCAAAUGUGUAUUGUGUAUGGUGAAUGACUAAAACAUCAUUCUUUUCAAUCUGAACUGGUGAGUAAUGAAAGUAGAAACUGAAGGUCAUGGAAUGUCUUUUGUAUAGUGAAUGAAUGACUGAAACAUCAUUCUUUUCGAUCUGAACUGAAGAGUAAUGAAAGCAGAAACCGCAGUCAUAAAAUGUCUAUUGUAUGGUGAAUGAAUAAUAAGUCUAGCUUGAGUCCCUGUCAGCUCCGGAAGUAACAUGCAGAUUCUUCUAUAUGGUAAAUGAAUGACUGAAUGGUUUGAAACUUCAUUCUUGUGUCUCUUCGGUUUAUCAAGAUUAAGAAAUAGAAACCACAGUCAUGAAAUACUGUGUGUAUGGUGAAUGAAUGAUUUAAAUUGUCAUGAAGUCCCUAAAUUCGCUGAAAUAUAUAUAGAAACUGUUGUUCUUUUUAAAUGUCUUGUGAAUAUGGUGAAUGAAUGACUGAAUGGUGUCUUAAAGUGGAAUGCAAUCGAGGAUCCUCAUGCACUGACUGAGAGGGUGACGCUAAUCUCAUGUGUGGUGAAUGACUGAUUGAUAAGUGAACGAGGGAAUAAAAAUAAGCUUAAAACAUACAUCUGUUUCUGAGUUCUAAGAGAAUAAUUUUAUUUUACGAGAUUUUAUGUAUGGAAAAUAUAUUAAAAGCCCAAAUUGUUAAUUAAAAUCAAUUUUCUAACACUCAUGUCUGAAAAACUUUGUAUAUUUAAAUUUAAAAGAUAUAGUGAAUGGUGAAUUGAAUGAACGAUUUAAAAACAACGCAAACGCCCAAAUUAAUUUGACUUAUAAUCUCUGUAAAAUGUAUUAUUCUUUGUUUAUUUUCUGUUAAUGAUAUGAAAUAUUUAAAUGGCGUUCCUUAAAAAAAAA